CCGCUAGCUGCUGGUUGUUUUUUCACAACACGUCAGUUGUACAACCAUCGUUCAAGAAGUCUAGAAGUAAGAAGUUUGCCAAAGAUUGGCAAAGUUAUGAAGUUAAUCUUACAAAAGCUGUGAUUGGAGUGCUGUUUUGCGUUUUGGAGAUAAUCAGGGAAAAAAGCAGAUCGGCGCAAGAUGCUACUCAAUAUUUACGAAAUGUCGCAGCUCAGUGAUAGCCAGCGGCUCAGUACGGUGCUACUGUUUCUAUUUAUAGAAAUGUUCAUCGGCCGUGCACAAUCCGCGGCCUCACAGGCAGAGAUUGAAAGGCAUUUAGAAAUGGGACGAGAUUUUUUAGCCCGAGGACAACUAUCUGACGCAUUAACACACUACCAUGCCGCUGUUGAGGGCGACCCGAACAACUACCUAACAUACUUCAAACGUGGCACGGUUUAUCUAGCCCUGGGGAAGGCAAAGUUCGCUAUCAACGAUUUUUCCCGUGUGCUAGAACUGAAGCCAGAUUUUCUGGCAGCCCGAGCCCAGCGAGGUCAGGUCUAUCUGAAGAUGGGUGAUUUCGAUAAUGCCGAGAUCGAUUUCAUGAACGUACUCCGCUUGGACCCCCACAACCACGAGGUGAACUUCCAAUAUGCACGAAUCGAUCCAGCCCGUGACCAGUGGGCCCUUUGCCUGGAUGUUACCCAGCGGGGAGACUGGACAACGGCUAUCGCUUUGCUGACGCAGCUGCUAGAGAUGUGUCCCUGGUCGGUGGAAAUCCGUGAGAUGCGCGCCCAGGCCUACAUUCGCAUCGGGGACCGAUUAGCAGCCGUCACCGAGUACCGGUCAGUAAACCGAUUGUCGCUAGAUAGUACUGACGGAUACUAUAAACUAUCAAAACUUUUAUACGAUCUGGGCGAUUCGGCUGCGGCUUUGAAAGAAAUCCGCGAGUGUUUGAAGCUAGAUCCUGAACACAAAGACUGCUUCCCAUUUUAUAAAAAAACUAAAAAAAUUGAUAAGAUCUACUCCGAUGCACAGUCAGCGUUAGAAGAACAACGGUACACGGAUUGUGCUGAAUACGCGGAAAAACUUGUGAAGUUAGAACCCGAUGUGCCCAUGAUCAGGUAUAACGGAAAGCAGCUGCUCUGCUCCUGCAUGUUGAAAGACGAACAGUUCACAUCUGCCGUGGGUCGCUGCCGGGAGGCUCUAGACAUAUAUCAAGAUCCAGAGGUGAUGUGCGAUCUGGCCGAAGCGCUCCUCGGUGCUGAAAUGUACGACGAUGCUGUACAGCAGUAUCGCGAAGCACUAGAUAUCAACGACAGUCUCCAACGAGCCAAAGAAGGUAUCGAACGCGCCCAACGGUUGCAAAAACAAGCGGAACGGCGUGAUUAUUACAAAAUCCUAGGGGUAAAGCGAUCUGCCACCAAACAAGAGGUAGUUAAAGCUUACCGGAAAGCCGCUCAAAAGUGGCACCCCGAUAACUUCCAGGGGGAUGAGAAAAAGGUAGCAGAGAAAAAGUUUAUAGAUAUUGCUGCGGCGAAAGAAGUUCUUACCGACCCGGAAAAAAGGCGGCAGUUUGAUGCCGGCGAAGAUCCGUUAGAUCCGGAAGCCAAUCGAGGCUUUGGAGGCGGUAACCCAUUCCAUCACUUCCAGCACGGGUCUCCGUUCCAGUUUAAAUUCCAUUUCACGUAGAAGUUGUGACUAACCUCCUUUUCUACACGAUUUUACUAAUGUUCACCUGUUGAUGCCGUGCAGUGCCAGCUUUAAUUUAUUGCCUCUAGCUUGGUUUGUUUUUUCCUUAUAGUUUAUCAGUUGUAAAAUAAUGCUUCUACGCUGUCAUCAACAACACAAACUAGGCAAAUCACUAAAAGUUGUCGAAUUUAAGAUGCAAUCAUUAUUCUUUCAAAAAGAAUUUUUUCAACCCGUCUCCAGUGCGAGAAAUGAUUCAUGUUGAAAAGAAAAAUUAUGAGAUGCAUUAGGAAACAAUGAUUGAUUCAAGUUUAAUUGAAAAGCAAUUUCGUUUCCUCACAUUUCUCGUUUUUCUUCGACUAUCUCAGAGAACUGAAUUAGAUUGAGAUAAAACCCUUAGUGUAAAUGAUCGCCUAUCACAUUAAAAUAUAGCGUAAGAUUAUUA